AUGGCCAAUGUACGCUUCAGAGUCAGGAGCAGCAACUAUUCCCCGGAAGGCUUCGAGCAGUUCGAUGAUAGCGUAUACCCCGGCAGGAGAACGGCGGUGGUGGAGGAAUUGAACACAAGUGAUGAAGAAGAUGAGGGAGCCGCCCAGGUCGAGCCAACUGAUGAGAAGACAGAGCAAGAUGACAGCCCCAGCAGCAUUGGGCUUGUCGAUAUAUUACGGUUCAUAUUCCUGGUUAUCAUUGUAUCAUCAGGUUUAUCCUACUACAUUACUUCCGAUUCGAUAAUAUGGGGGUACCAGCGGCCAUGGUUUACAAGGCCGCAAGUUUUGCUGAGAUACAUUAAAGGCCCUUUGAUCCUCUCUCGCUCCGAACUAUCACUAUACAAUGGCACAGACCCCAAUCUCCCCGUCUACGUCUCCGUCAAUUAUACCUUAUACGAUGUCUCUGCAAACCGACGAAUGUACGGACCGGGGGGAGGCUAUGGUUUUUUCUCUGGUCGAGAUGCAACCCGUGCAUUCGUAUCGGGUUGUUUCAAAGAAGACCUGACCUCCGACCUGCGCGGGUUAGAAGAGAUGUAUAUGCCCAUCGAAGAUGUACCUGAUGAGGACUUGACCAAUGCCCAAAAAAAGAUUCGACGAGAGAAGGAGUUAAGAGAUGCACGAGCAAAUGUUCGGCGGCAGGUUUUACACUGGCAAAGCUUCUUUGCUGAUAGCCAUAAGUACUUUGAGGUUGGCAAGUUGAUACGUGAUGGUGAAGACGAGAAAGUGGAGAAAAGGGAGCUUUGCGCAGGCGCUCAGGCAGCAAGGCCAAAGAGGUCGGAGCUGAAGAAAGGAGCAGCAGCUAAGAGCCAGCCUACAUAUCCUCCAGGCGUGAAGAAGGGGGGAAACCACUGA